CAUAUAUAAAGUGUAUUUACAUUACAUAUGAGUCUAUCGUUCAUAUGAUAUGAGUGUCGAUGACAUGAGUGGACACAACAACACAGACAUCCAACUGAUCCAAACAAAUGGACAACAAUUGCAUUAACGAAGACAUCAAAGACUUGAAAUUGAAGACAUCAUCGACAACAACGACAACAAUGGAGGCGUCAAUGAAAUCGUCGUCCGCGUCGACGGCGGCAACGGCUGCGACCAACAAUCGGGUAAACAAUCGGCCGCCCAGUGGCCGCCAAUCGCACAGUGCUUCUCGAUUGUCGUCGUCGUCGACAACAACAGCGGCGGCGACGACGGCUGCGACUACAGUAGUGACCACCACUACUGGCAAGACAUCAUCCGCAUCGUUGCGGGUUAGGUCGGCGUCUGUCGGUCGCGGUCGUGACCAUGACCUCCGAUGUCGAUACUGGGCCUUCCUGUUCGACAAUCUGAAUCGGGCUGUCGACGAAAUCUACCAGAACUGCGAACGGGACGAAUCGACUGUCGAGUGCAGGGAAGCCAUAAUGGUUUUGGAUAACUAUAGCCACGAAUUUCUGGCACUAAUUGAAUGGUUGAAUCUGAACAGCGAUUACGAGUCGACAGCACCGCCACAUCGCCCGACAUCGUUGGCCUGGGAGGUACGCAAGUCGAUGUCCAAUCAGCGAACCUAUUGGCAUACGUUUUUCAAUAAGUAUGACAAAUCUGCGGUCAAUAACAGCAGUAAUGGCGACCCGAACAACAACACCAAGAAGUCAUCAUCAGCUAAAGCAAGUGAUGAUACAUCAAAUGUUAGCAUUAAAUGCGAUGACAAGUCGGCAACAACGGAGGCGAAGAAUAUUGUUAUCAAUACUACUACUACUACUAGUGAUAAUAAUCCGGUUAUCAAUCAUAGCAGCAUCAGUGGUGAUGAUGGUGUUGUUGUUGAUGAUAAUGACAAAAACAAAGACAACAAAAGCAACAGUGCUGUCAACGAUGUUGUUGUUGUCGUUGUUGAAGAUAAAGAUCUGAAUCAUAAGCAAAGCACUGGUGAAGUUGUUGCUGUUGUCAUUGUCGAUGAUAUCACCAAUCAAUUAGCAACUAAUACAACAACAAUAGAUGACUGUUCAGCCAAUAACAUGGCAUCCAAACCAUUGAAUCCAUUAGCGCAGACAUUCAAAUCACGUCUAUAUCCUGCCAUCACAUCCUCAACAACAGCUACUAUAGCAACAACAACAACAACAACAAAAGCAUUGACCACUACUACUACUACUACAACUACAUCAGCACCAACUAAGACAACAACAACGCCGUCAACAAUCAUAGCGCAGACUACUCAGCAAAAGACAUCCCAACCAAACAUAACCACUACUAAUGCGACAACAAUAGCAACAACAACAACAACAGCGUUGCCGCCGACGACCAACAGGCCAUCAUCGGUGGCCACGACCACCACAACUGUCAAGAAAAGUGUUUCGUCCACUACUUUACCGAACACUUCCUCUGCCGCCGCCGCCACCACCACUAAUGGCACCAACAGUACUACUGUGCCGGCCAUCACUCAGUCGGCCAGAAAUAUUACAACAACAACAAACAAUGGUAUCAACAAAACUAGUGGUAAUAAUUUAGUCGACAACAAUAGAGUUGCCGUAUCGACACCUAAUCUAUCGAUGACUAUCGCCAACAACAACACUGAUGGCCAUACAAGAGGUGAUAAUAAUAAUAAUAAAAAGUUGAAUAAUAAUCACUACAACAACAAUAACUAUAAUAAUAAUAAUAACAAUAAUAAGAGAAAACUAAUAAAUAUCGAGAAAAACAAGAUUAUGGUUAACAAUAACAACAACAACAACAAUGCGGUGAUUAACAAGAAUUUUGCCAAAGAGACCAACAGUUCCCGAGCAAAACGAAACAAUUUGAUUAAUAAUAAUAAUAAUAAUAAUAAUCAUCAGUUAAGCCAUUCAUUGGCCAAAAGUAAUCCUAAUCUUAAUAAAUAUCAUAACAACAACAACAACACAAAUAUCAUUAACAACAACAACAACAACAGUAAGAAUAAGAAAGUCAAAGAUGCGGACGGCUUUGAAAUGGUUGGCAGAGGUCGACAACGUUAUAAAAUAUCGCCGCCAAAAGUAAUUAUUUUAGAAGACGAUUCCAUAGUGAAGACUACAGCCGACGGUACUGUCUAUGCGGUUACGGCAGCCUCGCAGACAACCGAUUGGGAUCCGAUGGAAGGAGCCGGCGGUGCUGGCGGAGUAUCGGCUGAUUUGUUGCGUACGCCGGGCCGGGCAUUGAAAAUGCACGAAAAACUGUCGUCACCGUCGCGUAAGCGUACAGUUUCACCUCAGGAGUCGAUUAAGAAACACGAAGAAAAACUGGCCAAAGCACAGGAGGCCCGGGAGAAACUGCUGGAAGAGAGGGCCCAAAAGUUUAACAAAAUUGUCAAAAAGGCGGAAGAGAUGAAAGCCUGGAAAGAGGAACAACAGAUGCAAUUGAAACAGUCGAUGGAAUUGAAACACCAGAAAGCCGAGGAAAAACGUCAGCAACAGUUGAAUCGUAUCGUCAGGAAAGCCCACGACGAAGAAUCUAAAGUAAACGAAAUAUUGUUUAUCAAUUCAUUGGAAGCUCAGAACAAAAAAUACGAUAUAAUGUCGAAAGCAAAGGACCGUCAGAUGAGGCUCCGGGAUCUCAGGGAUGAGCGGCAGCGACGACAUGAAGAGAAACAGGCGAAAGAGGUAGCGGCAGAGGAACGACGUAAACAGUUGGAAGAGGAGCGGAUACAGAGGAUACAGGAGUUGCAACAGCGGAGGCGUAUCAAAGAUCUGAAGAUUGAACAACAGUUUCAGGAAAAGGAAAAAGAGCGACAAGAGUUGGCCACACAAAAGGCAUUGGACAGACAGUCUCGGCUAUCGGCCAUCAAUGCCCUGUUUGUCCAGAAGAACGAAGAACUACAGAAAAAGAUACAACAAAAACACGACGAAAGCGCCCGAAGACAUGAAGAAAUUAUGGCACAAAUCCGUCAGAAAGCGCUGGAACUAUCCGUCCGGAAGUCGUCGACAGUGGGCAACGAUGAGGCGCCGGUAUGCGAACCGUACGAUACGUGCAAAAUGUGUCAGUUAUGUCAAGUGUUUAUCAGAUCCGAAGUGUUUUUGUUCGGCCAUUUAAGAGGUAAACGACAUAACGAUGCGAUUGCCGAACAAAACGGCGGUAAAAUGCCAACCAAUGAGGAACUGGAGGCCUAUAAUUUGAAAUAUAUUUCUGAGGUACCGCCCGGUGUUGUUGUUGUCCAAUCGGCGUCGGCGGCCGACGGCGGCGGCGGCGGCUGUGACCAUAUGUCUGUACAAAAUUGUGAGAACGAGCGGCUAAAAGCUGCCCGAAAACGUAGCCGAAAAUUGAAACAACGAUUGGCGGCCAAAGCUCAACAGUUUGAACGAAAUUAUGGCCAAAAAUUAUUUGAUCCGAAAUCCAUUCCAAGCAAUAAUAAGACAAAAAUUGCUAAAUUAUUUAAAGAUUUGACAACAUUGAGCUCAGACACACAGAUUACUGGCCAAUGGCCGACAAAUAUGACACACAGUUUGGAUCGUAUUGUCAACGAAUUGGAGAAACUGUUUGCCAAUAAUACUAAUAAUAAUAGUCCGAAAUCCGUAGAUUCGCAGUAUUUUUAUUCGCUAAACGGCAUACAAUUGCUGACCAAACUGUUAGGCCGUAUACAAAACGGUACAAAAGAUCGUCCGACAUCGUUGACCGACAGGUCAAAUGUUAAAUUGGCGGCCAUUUAUGAACUGGUUUGCCGACAACAUGUCGACGUCAGCGACUAUGUCUUGCAUUCGACUUUUAUGAUCGAUUUGUUGGACAUUACGUGCCAUAGAAUUAACCUUAUGGAUGUUAACCUGUUGACCACUAGCGCCGGUACCACCGCUGCCCAAAUAGAUCCAGUAAUCGGUUCGCUGUGUCGACUAUUUUCGGCCAUAUUUGACACACUUUACGCCCAUUAUUCGUCGCUACCGGAAAACACUGACGACUGUCUCGGAUUUACGGCUAUCAUUCAGGACAUGAUUAGCUAUAUUGUUAGCGUCGGUAUGAUCGACAAACUGUCGCUAAUGCUGUCGCAAACACGCGGACCAAUUGACGACAGUCCACAAGUGGCCCGUUCUCUUCAGAAUGUAAUCUCACUGUUCAGUUCAAUGGCCAAACUGAUGGCCUUGCGCUUGACUGAUGACCCGAAACUGUUCGGCUCGAAGUUGGCCGCCGAUGCCGACGAAACCCAGCUGAUGAUGACUAUGCAGAUGACCCAUCUGUUUGGUGUUGUCUCCAUGCUGUACGGCGUUCUACUGCAUUCCGGUGCACUCGUUCGCAGUUGCGGUGAUCGGCCGCCGCCACCCGUAUUGGCCGACCAUACACUCGACGCUACCCUCGAAGUCAUACGUCUACUCAAUUAUGUUGCACUACUCGAUCUCAAUAUGGUUCAGAGUGUCUUAGGAGGUGAGGGCCUAUCACUACAGUUGCGACACAUUUGCUCAUACCUACUGUGGUAUUGUUGUUCACAUAACAAYAACAACAACAACAACAACAACAACAACAACAAAAACACUACCGAUUAUCAGCUAUUGAAUGAAGUUAUACUAUUGAUCGGCAAUUUUGUUGUAUUGAAUACCGAAAAUCAGACACUCAUCCAAUCGGGUCAACGGCCAACAGUUGUCCAACAACUGUGUUGUCUGCCAUUCGAGUACUUUUCCGACGACCGCUUAAGUGCAAUACUGUUCCCGACAUUGAUAUCGUGUUGUUUUCGUAACCGACCGAACCGUACGAUACUCGAACAGGAGAUGUCGACACUGAUGUUGUCGACAUUUAUCGAAUCGACUAUUGUUGGCCUACAGUUGAAGGCCGUCGAUAGCAGUCGGCCGCCGGUCGGUACUAACGGCCURMCGAAGCGUAACAGUCAAACAUUGGCUGAAGAACGGCUAACGUUUGCCAAAAGAUUUCCGAAGAAUCGCUGGAACGAAGCGAAAGAUUAUUUUGAAGUCAAUGAUGAUGUGGUCGUCGCUGUCGAUGACAUCGACGCCACAUGUAUUGACCACCCGAUGGCCACACAAUUGACGGCAAUCGCUUAACAAUAACAACAUUAUAGCUAAUAAUAUAGCAAUAAUAAUACCGAUGAUUAUUACUACAGUAGAUUUAUACUGGAAAUUAUGAUUUAUAAUUUAAAUUAUUAAUUUAAUUAUU